AUGAAAAUUCCAGUCAUCUUUAUUCUGCUUGUUACUUUAUCUUCAAUUAAUGAGAGUGAUUCAAUGACAACACCGCCAUCCAAGGGUUAUAAAAGUGGUGGACGUAUUUUUCCCUGGUAUCCAUAUGUCAAACCUGGAAGUUGCCCAUCGUUUAGCUACAUGAGCCUAAUGCCACUACAUUGUAGAACAUUAUGCAACAUUUAUUGUCACAUUGGCUGUAACGAAAUAAUUAAGCAUCCUAUUUGUUGUUAUUUUGACGGUAAUUGUCCAGGAGGCCAGAAAUGCUGCUUUUAUCACCAUUAUCGCGUGUGCAGAGAUCCAGUAUAUCAUGUUAUCCGCAGAUGUCAGAAAGAUAGUAACUGUUCAAAUGGCAUGAAAUGCUGUUCGGGUCGCUGUUCUCGAUUUUGCUUCAGAGGCCCACAAACUGUUUCAUCUGUUGGGUCCAAAAACGUGAAAAUUAUUUGA